UACGGCCCUGCCGUGACGUAACCUCGCCCUGACGGAGAGGACGUACGCGAUGACGUCAUUACGGCUAGUCUGAAGACGAAUGUCUGCUGCUGUUACAUUGUUGACGUUUUUAGUUUCAACGUUUAAUUGACUUCAAAUCAUCACAUAUUUUCAUUAGCAGAUCGCUCCUCGAGCAGUACCUCUGCAAAAAUGAAAUGGAUGUUUAAAGAGGACCAUUCUCUGGAGCACAGAUGUGUGGAGUCGGCCAAAAUCCGCAACAAGUACCCAGACAGAGUUCCUGUUAUUGUAGAGAAAGUAUCUGGUUCACAGAUUGUGGACAUUGACAAGCGAAAGUAUCUGGUCCCAUCUGACAUUACAGUGGCUCAGUUCAUGUGGAUCAUCAGAAAGCGGAUCCAGCUGCCUUCUGAAAAAGCCAUAUUCCUUUUUGUGGACAAAACUGUCCCUCAGUCCAGUCUGACUAUGGGGCAGCUCUACGAAAAAGAAAAAGAUGAGGAUGGCUUUCUGUACGUGGCCUACAGUGGAGAAAACACGUUUGGAUAUUAGGAUCCCUGCAUCAUCCCAGGCUGUGCAAACACAUCACUCCCGUUUCUUUUGGACUCGCUCGAUUGUUCUGCGGUUGGGAACAGGAUCGACUCAUCUGUGAAUUAAUCACAUAGCAGAUGUGUUUGUACCUCUAUUGUCAUAUUGUGCUCUUAAACAUUAGAUCGACUCCAUUAGUGAUUUUUCUUCUUUUGGUGAAUGGUGUUGCAGUAUUAUUACAGAUGCUUAAUAAUGUCAACACUGAGAAUAUAUAGUAACUUUGAAUGUUUUAAUUUAUCUGUAUUUUUCCCCUGUAAAUUAUAUAUUUAAGAUAACUGAAAGGUAAGGUAGCUGGAUGACCUAACCAAUAAAAACCAACACCAAAAAAUAAA